CAAUGGGAAAUUUAUGGAUUUCCAAGUGGAUACAGGGGCCACUUGUUCAGUUAUCGGUGUUAAAGGUCAUCAAGAGCUCGGAGAACCGAAAUGGGAGUACACCCACCAACAAUUAAGGGCGUAUGGUGGACAUAACGUACCGGUGAAAGGUCUAACCCAUGUAGACGUUCAAUGUGGUGAAGUGGUAAAGAACCUACCCCUUCUAGUAGCAGAUACCAAUGAUGCAUCAAACAUUCUUGGCCUUGACUGGUUUUAUAAAUUGAAUUUUGAUAUAACAUUUCCUAAAAAAGUUCAAUGUAACCAAUUCUCCUCUGUUCCCACAGGUCAGGCAUCAUUGACGUCGCUGAGAGUCCGUCUGACAGAGAUAAUCAAGAACUAUCCAGAUAUUUUCAGGGAAGAGCUAGGAUGCUGUAACAAGUUUCAAGCAAACAUAACCUUGAAGACAACUGCUAAACCAAAAUUUAGUAAACCCUAUCACCUACCGUUUGCACAAUACGACAAGUAUUUAAGAAUGCCUUUUGGGAUAGCCAGUGCACCAGGGAUUUUUCAGAGAGUAAUGGAGGAAUUAGUUCAGGGAAUGUCAGGAUGUGCCGUAUAUCUUGAUGAUAUUAUCAUCACCGGGAGUUCAGAUGAAGAGCAUCUAAAUAACGUCAAAGAGUUAUUUCAACGUUUAAGUGCGUAUGGGUUGAGGUGCAAAGAAGACAAAUGUCAAUUCGCAUGUCAGCAGGUAGAAUAUGUAGGGCACAUAAUAGACUCUAAAGGAAUAAGACCAACGGCUCAAAGGCUUAAAGCGAUCGAGAUGAUGCCUAGACCAUCGAAUGUGAAAGAGGUAGAAAGUUUCAUUGGCAAGAUAAAUUAUUACAAUAAAUUUAUUCCAAAUUUUUCAUCAAAAGCUGCGGCCUUGAAUACACUGCGUCGUCAAACAGUUAAGUUCGAAUGGGGUCCCGCACAAGAAUCAGCAUUCUUAGCGUUAAAAUCGGAGAUAGUAAAGGCAACACAAUUGGUCCAUUACAACGAUUCACUGCCAAUAGUAUUAGCUACGGAUGCAUCGAAAUCGGGCAUCGGCGCUGUCAUUUCGCAUCGAUAUGCCGACGGCUCAGAAUAACCCAUAGCUUUCGC